AUGUCUAUCCGACUUUGGGAGGGGCACAUCGAGGAUAAUGGUGUAUCUUUUAGCUAUACGAGUCCCGAUGGUGAGAAUGGUUAUCCAGGGGAAGUAUCCGUUACCAUCAACUACCAACUAGCAGACGAUAACAAGAUACUCAUAUCCUACGUUGCCAAGACCACCAAAGCCACACCCAUCAAUCUUACCAACCAUUCGUACUUCAACCUCGGGGGUCACGACUCGGGCAGCGUUACAGAUCAUAUUGUGGAGAUAGACGCUGAUAAGUACACACCCAUGGUAAUAGAGACAAGACUCCCAUCAGGUGAGAUAAGUUCGGUUGAUGAUACAGUGUUUGAUCUGCGAAGUCCAACCAGAAUCGGUGAUAAGAUCAACGAAGUACCAGGAUUAGGAUAUGACCAUAACUUCUGUGUGAAAUCUUCAGAAAAACCUUGCGUCAUCGUCACACACAAGGAAAGUGGUCGCAAGAUGGAGGUUUCUACGACCAAACCUGGUAUUCAGUUCUAUACUGCCAAUUAUCUGAAUGAUUCUACCGUGGGAAAGUGUGGCGCAAUCUAUCCUAAACACAGCGCUCUUUGUCUGGAAUCUCAGUUCUAUCCAAAUGCAGUGAACCAGGUAAAUGCAGAGAGCGCAUCAGCUACGAUUGCGGACACGGUCAACUCCCUAGCAACGGCAUCCCCUGACGCACCAAUCAUGGUGUUAGGGGACUUCAACCACUGUCGCCUGGAGAAUACCCUACCGAACUAUCAUCAAGUUGUCGACUGCGCAACACGAGGAAACAACGUCCUGGAUCGAUGUUACUGCUCUAUACGGGACGCUUAUAAGGCAAACGUGUCCAAGAGUCUUCAUGAGUUGUAUGAUCUCAACUGCCUUCUUGUUGAACAGGGCAAUUUCGCUAAUGGACAGUUUGGUGAGUAG